ACUCUACUAGGAUCUAAGAUUAAGAAAAUGGCUGGGGUGUGCGCCACUGUAGAUGUUAGUAACACUCUUCUCUAUACUCCACUGUAACCAAACCAUACGUGGCGGUGCUUUGUAGUGCUGUUUAACAUCGUGGGCUGAAUUUAUCCGUGUUCGGUAUCAUCAACGUGAACUAGACAUGAAGCAGAAAACUGGAGUCGAACUCUCCAACGCACCAAAGAGAUUCCGGUGCACCGUGGCCAGUUGCUGUUCGAUGGAUGGGCAGGCCAAGUUGUUUUCAUCUCAAAAGCUCCUUAACCAGCACUUCUUCAAGGUUCAUGCCGAGAAGAAGUAUUCGUGUUCCAAAUGUGGAAAGAAAUUCGGAGCGGAUUGGCUCUCCAAACACCAUGAGGCUACUUGCGGAACUGCUUGGCUUUGCUCGUGCGGGGCGAGCUACCAGAACAGGGAGGCCCUGCUGACACAUGCGAGGCGGCGCUCUCACGCGCUGCCAUUUGAACGGAAGCGAGGCGAUGCGUGCAAGCAAAAGCCAACCCAGAACCAGCCAUUACAAACAAUUAUCCUGCCUGUGGCCACCCAAGUUAUUGUAGUCAUCCAGGGCCCAAAGGAGAAGAGUGCUGGUUCAAACGACCCUCUUCUGCCAAACACUACAAAGCUGCCAUCACAAUGGCGAAGCAUUGUUCCCAAGGCAAAUCCUCCAAGUGACCUGCUUUCUUGUGGACUAGAUGCCAAUGCUAUGUGCUUAUCUAUAGGAAAAGUGCAUCAAAGUUCCCAAACCAUUGUGUCAUGCAGAUGCAGUCGCACUAAGGAUUCAUGUAUUCAAGCUUGCAGCAGUGAAGGUUCUAGGAGGGAUGCAUCAGAGCUUGUAAAUCUUCCGCCCAAGGCGUGCAAGCGCUCCAGAACCAUGAAGACAACUGUGCAAACACAAACCUCUGAACCUGACAUCCAGCUUGGGAGUGUGCAGCCCUUGCUGUCCAAAGGGGUCAGCAGGAAAACGCAUCAUGGCUGCAGCAUCCACACUCAGACAAUUGAAAGUGCUGUGGGCAGGGCCCAAAAGGCACGUGUGAAGCAUUCUAUUUUUAGGCCGGAGCCAGACAAGUUGGACAAGGAAAUCGCCACAAAUGAAUUGUGGAGUGACCUUGAUCAGAUACUCUUCAAUGGUUGUGCAGCUCCCACCAAGGAGUGGAUGGACCUUUUCCCCAGAAGUUCUUCUGCUACGCAAACGCUCGAGUCUGAUACACUUCUGAAAGAUCUAUGUAGUUCUUAUUCACCUUCCCGCUCCCUCUUUUUGGAUGGACCAAGGCAAAACUUUGCUCAUAUGGGGCUCCCAGAUGUCCCACUUGAGGAACGUUUAAACAUAAUUUCACAGAAACCAGCAAUGCUGCCUGUUUUAGCUCCGAUUUGUGAGUCAGACGUGACUAAUGGCUUGGAGGACAGUUUGCAGGAUGUCAGCCACAUCUUGUCAUCUGAGACACAGACAGACAAUCACUUUGAUAGCCUUCUGAUUGAAAACAUGCAACAAACUGCAGCUCAAACAGAUUUUCCAUCUUCUUCGCACACUGAGACGCAAACUAACGAAGAUGUAUCCUUUGAGAGCACAGAUGUCUUUCAUAUGGAAACACAGACGUCUGGGUUCUUGUUUUGUGAUUUUGAAAGUGUAGAUAUUGAGACACAAACACCCUGGGAUCAUAUUGACUUUAGUUUAGAUGACUUUGUGGUAGAGCCCAGUUUUACUCAGAAAAAGGAUGCAGAAUCUCAGAUAGAGGCCCAUCAAUUUCUCCGCCCCUGGCCUUGCCUGAAGCUACCGGAUGGGGAGGGUUUUAAGGACUGCAACAACAUGCAGACCCAGACUAGUGGGCUGAUUUAAUUUAAUAGUUUAUGUUGCAUUGAGCUAACUGUGACACCAAUCUUGGUGUCUCAUGGCCACAAAGCGGCAUAUUCCUUCCGGAGGAGUUCGGUAGUAAUGCAACGCGAAGCAGUGGCGUGGACAAACAUUUCCUUGGCUUUGAAGGCAAAUAGAAGCCGACGUCUGUCGCGCGCUCCUGGUUGAGCAGGUUAAGGGGAAAUAAAUCCACGUGACGUCGACCAGGCUUCUGAGGCUGUAUCCUCCUUUAUCCACGCCGUGUGAACGGCAUUUUGCGUCGGAGCGCUUCGCUUUGCUAAACGCCUUUAAAGCACUAGCCGUCUAAUCAAACACUGGCGAUGCUGGGUGCACACCACAAGCCUCUGCUGCCUCCAUCGCUUGCUGUGACGUAACCGAUAGACGCCAGUAGGCUGGCGAACGCCCGCCAGGUAUAUUGGCCAUUGUUAAAUUGUGUAGCGUAGCAGAUUACUGACCGGGACUAUGUCGCUGUUUAUAAACGACUGCUUUCGUCCUGUGAAAGUACUCGCAAAAUUUGACGUGCACAAAAACAGGAGGCGGCAGUGACUAUCGACUUCACUUUUCAGUGAUCCGACAGUUUUAUCCGUUACUUUUGAUCAGAAAAAAGGAGGAAAGUCGGGUGAGGGCACAUAUGAACUUUAUGCACGAUGCGUGAUUCUUGUAUUUAAACGCGCGGAAAAACAAAUGGUAUUCCUGUACCUGAGUACCAGAGGAACAUUUUUGUCAGGCAACUAGGUGCGACUGGGACAUUUUCUGAGUGUGACUUUAGCCUCCCGCACAGACGAAAGGACAUAAAUACACCUGAACGCCGCCAUUUUUGCGACUUGACUCUGGCACGCUCUGCUGCUUACACAGAAAAAGCGCUGAAACGAGCGCUUUUUCUGUUUUUUUUUUCGAGUUUUGUUUGCACGAUGUUGCCGCAGAGGCAAACAAAACUUUGUUGCAUACUCUGAGCACACAUCAAGAACAGCAACUUCCUGCCAUGUUGCACCUCGAUAGCUUUCUUCUCCUACCUGCAAGGAUCCUUUUAAAGUUUGCCCUGCACGCGCCAAAUAAAUGGACUGACGCAACACAGCGUGGAUCAGCUUUUAACAGCUAGCAUUGCACAAGCAGUUCCCAGCGACGCCGUGAGAAAGUCUCUUAUCAAGUGUACCGCUGCCGAGCGUGAACCUAAGCACGCGACACUUCACUGGGGCGAAAUGCUAGAACGAUGAUUUGGUGAAGCGUUAACCAGCGCGACAGAGCCCCGGUGGGCUUGAAUUUACCUGGAACACUCCACGACUGCGUCUCAUAGCCCGUCGUGUAGCUUUGGAGCACGAACACAAACGUUGCCACAAGCGAAAUAAAAGAUUUGUUACAGAGA